AUGACAAAAAAGCCAUAUCUUUUCAUUGAAAGCAGCAAUAGAGAAGCUCCAAUUGAUCAGGUUACCGCGCGGUCUCUUCUUCGAUUCAAUUGUGUUUCCAAAUCUUGGAAAACAUUGAUCUCCGAGCCUUACUUUGCGAGGAAGCAUCUCAAUCAUGCCAAGAAUGACCAAAAUUCCCAAAGAAUGUUCAUCUGCGAAUUGGGCCCUGAGGAUGGUAUAUUUUCCAUGUAUUGUUGUCCUUUAUCGUCGAAUCAACUGGUUGAAGAUGUACGAAAACUUAAUUUCCCUUCAGUUUGUGAACCGUUGUAUUGCUCAAGCUAUUGUGGUUGUGAUGGCUUGGCUAUUGUCGACGUAUCCGAUAAUAUUGCUGAUGAAUGCUCCAUACUUUUGCUAUGGAAUCCCUCCACACGACAAUCAGUAGUACUUCCUUAUCCAAAACCCGGCGGAAUUUUUUGUUUGGGAAUGGGUUAUGACUCAAGAAGUGACUAUAAGAUCCUUAAGAUUAUGGAGGUAGAAGAUUUUGGUUGUGAAAUACCUUGUGAAAUUCUCGCGCUGAAAAGUGGUUCGUGGAAAAAAAUUGAUAAACAUCCUCAUGGCAUUCGCAGUAUGUUGUCUGCUAUGCAUUCUUUGGCAUUUGUACAUGUGGCAUUUCAUUGGAUAGGCAUUUCAAGAAAUUAUUAUGUGGUUUCAUUUAAUAUUUCAAAUGAAGUGUACGGAGAGAUGCCAUUGCCGGAGCAAAUAUGUUUGAUGAGCAACAUCGGUAUUGGCAUUUCAGUAUUGGAAGGAAUGCUAUGUGUUUAUUCUACUUCUAAUUUUGUGGGAGGGGAUACUUUUUAA